UUAGUUUAAACAGAGCUUUCAGAGAAAGGAAGUGAAUGAAUUUUCCAUGAAUUUUCGUUAUUUAAUUUCCUUGACUCUUCACCGGAGACCUUUCAUCAUGACUUAGUCGUCAUCAUCUUCUUCGUCUUCUUCUCUCUCUAUCUUUUCUUUGUUAUAAAUUGGUUCAUUCCGUGUCCUUUCAAUUCCAGAUUUCAUCACUAAAUUCUUCUUCUCUCUCUCUCUCUACUUAUUUUAAUUUCCGUUCUGAAAUUCUCCAGAAAUGAAGAAAGUGAUUCUGAAAUUAGAUGUUUCUGAUGAAAAAUCAAAGCAAAAAGCUAUGAGCUCUGUUUCUAGUUUAGCAGGAGUGAACUCAAUCUCAAUGGACAUGAAAGAGAAGAAACUGACAGUAACAGGGGAUGUAGAUCCAGUGAUGAUAGUGAGCAAACUGAGGAAAAUUUGUCACACAGUGAUCGUAUCAGUUGGACCAGAGAAAGAAGAAAAGAAACCAGAGCCAAAGAAAGAGGAACCAAAGAAGGAAGAUCCAAAGAAGGCAGCAGAGGAAAAGAAGAAAGAAGAAGAAAAGCUUGCAGAGAUGUUGAAGGCAUGGCAUGCCAGAAAUAACCCCUGUUUUUAUCCACCAGUUUUCUAUCCUCCUAGAAGCAUAAGCAUUGAAGAAGAUCCAAAUGGCUGUGUUAUUUCUUAAAAUCUCUCUCUCUCUACCUCUCUCUGUAUAUGAAUGCCAUUUCAAAUGGAUAUUCCCAAGUUUUCUAGACCUAAGUUUUGAGUUCUUUCCUUCUUUUCCACUCCAAAAUUUUGUGAUUUCAUGAAUGGAAGAUUGAAAUUUGGAUAAGAAAUAAUAUAUUUUUUCGUGUC